CUGAUGACGACAUUGCAAAAAGUUCAUAAUUCUCUUCUUGCCAUGCCUAGUCCUGAUUGUUUUAUUAAUCGCAAGUGCUUAGAAUGUUUUCGACACUGUGGCCUUGUUGUCCUAUCACGGAGACAGUAGACACUAAACAAUCGCGUCAAACAUUGUCUUCAGCUGCACGAAAUCAUUAAGCACAUCUAUAAAUGGUUCACAAUUAAAGUCUAGUAUGCAGACUUGACUGUAUUAUCUUCCUUUGAGGUUCCAUCUUAAAUUAUGAAUUCCUUCAGAUUUUUACCACCAAUACUCUUGGUAGUGUACUUUGUUGGCCUAUGCUCAAGUGUAGGAGCUUAUGAUCCCUUGGAUCCGAAUGGAGAAAUAAAAAUUAAGUGGGAUCUCGUAUCUUGGACCCCUGAUGGAUAUAUAGCAAUGGUGACUAUGAUCAACGCUCAAAUGUAUCGACAUAUAACGACCCCUGGCUGGACCUUAGGAUGGACUUGGGCUAGCAACGAAGUCAUUUGGUCAGUGUUAGGAGCUCAAGCUACUGAUCAAGGAAACUGUUCAAGAUUUCAUAAUAAUACUCCACACUCGUGUAUGAAAAAUCCGUAUAUUAUUGAUUUACUGCCAGGAGCUCCUUACAAUCAACAAGUUACUAGUUGUUGCAGAGGUGGUAUUUUGGCCUCCCAAGGACAAGAUGCUGCUUCUGCAGUCUCAGCGUUUCAGAUUAAUGUCGGAAAUGCUGGUAAAACGGAUUCUACUGUAAAAAUGCCGAAGAAUUUCACUUUGUUCACUCCUGGAUCAGGGUAUACUUGCAGUUCUGCAGCAAUUGUACCACCAACAUUUGCCUUAACACCUGAUGGCCGGAGAAAGACACGAGCAAUGAUAAGCUGGGAAAUAAGUUGUACUUACUCGCAGAUGCUGGCCUCGAGGAAUCCCACCUGUUGUGUAUCACUCUCAUCUUUUUACAGCUAUGAAGUAACUCCUUGUUCUGCUUGUGCUUGCGGCUGUGAAAAGAUAAACAAUUGCAUAAUGGAAAAUGAUUCGAGGAUUCAGAGUGCUCCAGAAAAUUCUACGCAAAUUAAUGAUAAUGCCCUUGUGCAAUGUACACAUCACAUGUGUCCAAUCAGAGUUCAUUGGCACGUUAAAACAAACUACGACAAGUAUUGGCGUGUGAAAAUCAGCAUCACAAACUUCAAUUACGGUGCCAAAUACAAACAGUGGACACUUGUAGCUCAGCAUCCUAAUUUCAAAAAUGUCGCGCAAGUUCACAGAUUUGGUUAUAAGCCUCUUAAUCCCUACCCGAGCACAAAUGAUAUUGGAAUGUUUUAUGGCGUAAAACAUUAUCAAAACGAGAUCCUGUUAGAAGCUGGUUCAGAUGGUAAUGUGCAUUCUGAGUUGAUUUUUGAAAAGGACAAGGAGAUAUUUACGCUGAAUCAGGGUUGGACGUUUCCUAGAAAAAUUUAUUUCAAUGGAGAUGAAUGCACAAUGCCGCUUCCUGAUUCUUACCCAAAGCUCCCAAAAUCGGUCUAUACGAAUCUUCACAUUUCACUCCCUAAACUAUUUAUCUUAGUUCUUAUUGUAUUAUUGGCCUUGAGAUUUAUAUUAUGUAGAAAUUCAAGUCAGAUGUACCAAGGUAUUUAGAAACUAUAAAAAAGCAUUACUAUAUAUGUGAAGCCAGCAAUUGCAUCACACUAGAUACUGAACUCAGCCGGCUAUCAGUAGAUGGUUGACAAAUGACAAUUAACUAUAUAUCAGAAAAAAUCUAAAAGUUCGAGCAGGCUCCCCAUUUUCAUUUGGUGCUGGAUAAACAUGAUCUUAGAUAUAAUCCAAGUGAUUAAGACCCCGGAUGACAUGAGCGUCUGAGCGAAGA